CUGUUUUCAACGGUGCUUUCUGCAGGGUUUCCUAGCAUGGACCCUGCUCCCAUUGGAGGGGCUAUGUCACCUCUGUAUGUGCCGAGAAAGAGAAAAUCAGUCCAGUCCCAACCUAGAAGCGGAGUGCCAUGUCCAGUUGUUCAGCGAAUACCUGAGAGAACGUGUGACUUAAAUUCAGCUGGAUAUCCCAAGAAUGACGAGUCUGAAGCCCAGGACGCUCUAAAGAUGAAGAGAACUUACGGUAGAAAAAGGUAUGAGGACCUGCAGAGCGUUCCCAUAGUGACAGUAGACUACCCAACCACCAGCUGCUCCGUGAUGUCAUCAGGGGGCCUGGCCAAUGGGGCAGACCUAGACUCCAUGGCCCCGCCCACUGCCAGGCUGCCUCCGAGACUGUCGGCAAAGGACAUGUGGCCCCAAGGCCCCGAGAGCAGCAGGGAGCCGCCCCCGCCUCAGGACCACAGCUGGAACUCCGGCAGGGACAGGGGCCCCGACGCCUGGGCCCCGGGUCGGGACCGGCCCCAGGAGCAGGUCUGGAGCACUGGUAGGGACAGAGUGGCACAUUCAAGCCAGGACCAGACCUGGAUACCUGGCCGGGACAGGGGCCACACCGGAGCGGAGCCGGAGUGGAUGACAGGCCGGGACAGGGGCCCCGAGCAGGGCUGGGCGGCAGAGAGAGACCGGGGACCGGAUCAGGCCUGGAACGCAGGAAGAGAUCGGGGAGCCUCGGAGCAGGGAUGGGGGACCGGCCGGAGCCAAGACCCCGGCUGGAGCAACACAAGCCGAGACAGAGGGCCCGUCUGGAGACCCGACUUGAACAUGAAGAAAGUCCAGAGGGUGGAGGUGGAGCGAAGUCCUCCGGUCAAUAACUUCUCCCAGCCAGCAGAGUGCAGAGACUCCUGUUCAGAUGCAGCCAGUGUGGAUGAGGCCUCGACUGCCCCGCCCAGCGAGGAUCAGAAACACCCCGUCCUCUCCACCAAGAAGGAGCCCCCUACCUACCCUCCAGGAAGUCAAGAGGAGCGCUGGCAGCUGCAGAUCGUGGCCAAAGGCAGAGUGACCUGUCCCAAGUGUAAGAGUGUGAGCAGGAAGACGGUGGAGGGGCUGAAGAAGCACAUGGAGAACUGCAGGCUGCAACCGUUUACCUGUCAGCACUGUGGGAAACAGCUGAAGUCUUCUACAGGGAUGAAGUAUCACAUCAUGGCCGACCACAGCCAUCUGCCGUCAGCAGAAGACGCAAAGGGCCUGGAUGAUCGUGCCAUCAAAGACAAACUGCGCAAAAUCCUGAAGAGGCUGGGCAAGUUAAAAUGCUCUAAAGAGGGCUGCAGUGCCGCGUUCACCAGCAUCAUGGGCUACGUUUACCACAUGAAGAAGUGUGGGAAGGAGGAGUCGGAGCUGGAGAAGAUGCUGCUCAACUGCUCCCACUGCGGGAAGACGUACAAGUCAAAGGCCGGGCUGGAGUACCACCUGAAGUCCGAGCAUGCUCCUACUCCUCAGAAGAGUGAGGAAGAUGAGGCUCUGAAGGCUCACCGGGAGGCCAACCCGGAGCGCACUGCAAGCGGUCGGGUGCAGCGGGCGUCGGCGCAGGUCGCUAACUUCCACCUCGCCGAGAUCGCCAACAACGAGCUGCCCAAAGACUGGCCCAAGAGGAAGUUCCAGUCCGACCUGGUGCCGGAUGACAAAAAGUUGAAAUACGCCCGACCCGGUCUGCCUGCCUUCAGUCAGGAGGUUCUGAGGAAGUGGAAGAAUGAGGUGAAGCUGCAAAGGAAGGUUCAGUGUCCGAACCAGGGUUGUGGCUCCACCUACACCAGUGUGUCUGGACUCAAAGCUCACCUGGGACUCUGCACCAGGGGCGACUUUGAGGCUGGAAAGUACCGAUGUCUGAUCUGCAACAAAGAGUUUAACUCUGAAAGUGGAGUGAAGUACCACAUCAACUCUGUCCACUCACAGGACUGGUUUGUGACGAACAAAAAAGCCUCGAAGAAGUUUGAGAAGUUCCUGAAGAGCCAGCCCAAGGAGUUCAUCCAAAACGUGGAUAAGCAGAUCGUUGACCAGUACCACCACCAUCACCAACACCACCAACACCACCACCACCAACACUAUCAGCAGCAGCAGCAGCAGCAGCACCCCCAUCAGUCCAUGCAGCACCCUCUGCAGCCGCUGCACCACCUCCAGCACCAACCCCAGCUCCUGCACCCGGAGCACCAUCACCUCCAUCCCCAGGUGGAGCAGCCCGUGCUCCACUACACCUCUCUGGAGCCUCCUCCCGGCCCCGUGUGGGUGGAGAUGGAGCGGGUGGGAGACAUGCCGACGCCAGAGCAGGCUCCCAUCGAGAUGGAGAUGGCGGAUAGAGGCAAAGAGGACAACGGAGGGAUGGUGGAGGGCAAACAGAGAAAGAAGGAGAAGGAGGAGGAUGACGGGAAGCAGAAGGACUGCUUUGCUUUUGGAGGUGGAGGUGGAGGUGAAUCAGAGGUGGAGCAGCAGGACAGGCGGAGACAGAUGGACCAGUGGAAUCUGAAACGACCCGGCAUCAUGGAGACGCAUCCUGAGGCUGGGAAAGGACAGAGGAACACUUAAAAAAGCAGAGGCAGAAGAAGAGACCAUGGAGUGUUCCUCCGUCCUUUAUUAGCCGUGACGUAGAAGAGAACCACAGCACAGGUGAGAAGGCAGCUGAUGAUUUAACGUUGAUGGAAACCAUCACAACAACUGUGGAUAUGAGACUGAACACACUUCUGUGUCUCGAACUGGUCUUCAUUGUAUAGAGAACUGUCGUAUAUCUGCGUGUUUAUGUGUAACAGAUUAUUUUCUGCAACUUUAAGCGUGUCUUAUUCUUUUGAUAAACCUGUCUUUCAUGUUGACCUUAAAGGGAACCCUUAAGAGAGGCUCCAGUCGCUCUGAAAAGAUUUCGUGCCUCUUAAAGUAUGAUUUGUAUAACUACAUACUACUCAUCUUCACUUUUACUUACAACUUGUCUUUUCUGGGCUAACUAAUGUUAGAAGUGUCACUUUUUCUGGUAUAAUUGGAUAGAAAAAUGAUUCCUCUCACCAUGCUCCUUCCUCUGCUUUGUUUUCAUCCGUUUUUCAGUUUUUGAAACAAAGUCUGUUUGCAGCUCCUUGUCCUGUUCUUAUAGUUAAAGCAGGCGAAUCAAGGAAGCAAACUUACGGAAAAUAUAAAAAGUAAAGGCAGGACAUUUUGGGAAACAGUCCAAGCCACUCUUACGAGUUCAGAACAACAGCAAAAAAAGUCAAAUUGCUUUAAUUUUAUUCCCAUUUGUAUGGAAGUCCUUGAAAGCAAAUCUGAAACAAAAAUCUGUCGACGUGUCCUUUUAAAAGCAGCGUCAUUCCAUGCUACUGUCAGCCUUCCUCUGAUGUUACACUCUCAAUAUCUAAUCUCCAAAACACAGAAAACAACAACAACGUUUUUAAAGGAAGUUCAAUACUGGAUGUUAGCGUUUCAAUCUGUUCAAAAAACAGCCAAUAUUUGUAAUUGUUUAAAGAUGUGUUGGACUUUCCGAUUGCAGUAAUCCAUUUCAUUUUAGUUAGCUAAAAAAUAUCCAAACUAAAUGUCUUUUUACCAGUUUUUCUCUUAGCAUCGUAUUUUCCCUUUCCUCAGCAUAUGUAGUUCAGUUUGACAUAAAUAUAAUGACAACUGACGGAGGAAAACCACAAGAUGUGUGUAGAAAGCUCGAUAAAUCGUGAGUAAGAAGAGCUUUUAUAUUAAUGAGUCUCACUUAGGUUUUUAGAUCCGUUUUCAACAUUCCAGCCAGGAGUUUAUCAACCAUAAAAAGUGGAAUAAAGCACAUAAAUAUAAUUGGUUUUCUUAACAGCUGAUCACAAAACAACAGCCAAUAAAUAUAAAUGUGACGUAUUGACAGUGACUGUGAUGAAGGAACGCUUACACACACAGCAUUUAACACGGACUGUUUUUAUUUCAGUUUAUUCCUCAGACAGAGUAUAUAACCGAUAGCAUGUAGCCUAAUGUUUAUGUACUUAUGCAUUCUGUAUCUACUAUAGUGAAUAUGGUUAUGGAUGGUUGUCAGUCAUACGUCAGUGUCGUCUUAACACUAUUUUGUAUUUGUUUUUUUUACAACUUUAAAGCAUUUCUGAAUGUAUUGAUUCCCUCCUCUGUUGUGCACUUCUUAAACCUUUAAAAACAAAAAAGGGAAAUCGGUUCAUUGAUUUUAAACCUGACAAACUAUAUUUACUGAUUCUGGUUAUAGUGCUUUACCCGUCAUUCCCUUUCAUCAGAUGCCUUUUGGAUACGUUUGAAAGAGAAAACUUCCUUGAACAUGGGAAGUAUUUCAAAAGCAUGUCGAGCAGAUGCAAAUAUCUAUUUAUUUUAUUCAUUUUAUUACCACUAUAAUGUAAUUUUACUUAAAUACUAACUGAUAAAAGCACUUUUUAAUAGAAGAAAUGUUCAUGCUUGCUCAGCGAAAACAGGAUGUUGAAUUUGUAGUUCCUUUGUCAUGUUGCAUCGUUUAAUAAGACUUAGAAGUUUUUCAUGAAGUUUAAAAGAGUUAUGGAGCUGCUUUUAAUCUUUGUUUAGUAGGAGUUAUUUUUAAUACUUAUAAUAAAAAUCACUGUUUUUUAACUUUAUGGUUUGUGACCCCUUGUAAUUAAACAGUAUGUACUUGCAACCCAUUGUCAGUGGUUGCAUGUUAGGGAUGCAAUUAUUUUCACUUUGGAUUCCUCUGACUUCAUAAUUGUUCUUUACAUUUAGAAAUAGUGGAAAAUGUCCGAGGGGAUGUCCUUAAAUGUCUUAUUUUGUCAGUCAAGAACCCUAAAAUAUCUGGUAAUAUGAUAUAAAACAGAAAAGCCUGAACACUCCACAUUUUAAAGGCUGAAAAUUGCAUUUUAUAUCCAUAUUUCCUUUCAGAAAUACUCUCUUUGCUUUUGAAAUACUUCCCAUGUCCUCCUAUGCUUGUGACCAAAUCUCUAUCACUGAGCGUGCACUUUGAACAGUUUGACGGCACAAAGGAAGCAGCUCUCACAUUCCCCUGCUUUGUUAUUGAAGAAAGAGUCAAAGCGUUAAUAUUUGAGUGCUCUUUUCUACCAGUAAUUCAAGAAUUGAAACUCCAUAUUUCAUUUUUUCAUGGCCAUUUGCACUUGUUGUCUCACUGCUGUUUUUUAUUUACAGUCUCAUGCACAUUACUUUAAUCCAGAUUCACUCAAAAUCCAACAUCUGUAUCGUGUUAUGUUUUGUAUUUUAGUGCCAAGAGAGGAGCUGUCAUACUGUAGGCAAUAGAAACCAAAACGACAUCAUUAUAUAAUGUAUUUUUAUUUAAUAGAGAGGACUAGUGGGAGGCAUUCAAUUUAAAUCCACUUACGGGGGUUGAGUAAAAUAGUGUUAUUAACUCUGUGGUAAAGAACCUCUGUGAAUUAAUGGAAAAUGAAGAAAAUAAUGAGAAUUUGUCCUGAUGUUUUUAGCCUCAUACAUCCCCAAUUAUACAGUCUAUAUAAUCUUGUUAAUAAUCUUCUGUUAUUCGUAAACACACGAAGCAGCACUUCAUUUUUCCAUUUUGUGGGACAUGAUUUAUAUUCAGUAGGUUAUAAUCUCAGCGUUACAGAUCUGCACAUUUAAAAUGAUACUACUUGUUUUUUUUAGAAGUGACGUGCUGCUAUUUCGUAGUACCAGCAUUGUUAUAACCACAGAUGAUUAAAAGUUUAAUUAAUGGUCA